AAAAAAGAAAAAGAAAAAAGGAGAAAUGGGUGUCUAUAAAACAAUAUAUUAGGUGUAAAUGUCAAUUCUUGAAUAUAAAAAUAUCACGUAAGAUGGGCCUUUUGUAUUCUUGUUGCAGAGGUGAACUACAUACAUGUUAUAACAUAAGUGGCAAUUUAAAGGGGCCUUAUUUCCUUGCAUGUCCCAUGUCAUGGGACGUGGUUUUUUAAAAAUCUUUUAUCUUUUUUUAAAUAAUAAAAAAAUGAAAAAAGAGGAAUGCCAGAUGUCGAUUUCCUAGAUCAUAUUCAACUACGUGGCUGUAAGCCACUGCCGACUUCAAUGGCCUAAUACCUGCAUACACUCGGCUAUAUAUACACGCGCUUGGUGAAGAUAAAAGUAUCAGAUAGUAAAUGCUGGGGUGAUUUUCUAUGGUGGAGUUUUCAUGAGGGGGAGGUACUUUUGAAGCGCUUAUACAGAUGCUAUGGUGUAUUUACGUUGAGCACUGUUUCGUGAUUCUAUGCGGUGGAGUUUCCCUGACGGGUAGGUGCUUUUGAAGCGCUUGUACAGUCUCUCCACAUGGAAUCCAACCCGCCAUUUCAAAACGCCUACAAGACCCUCUUCCAGACCUCCCAACCCAACGAAGAAGAGAAGAACAACCACAGCAAAAGGUCUGCAGUUGUAGGAGACGGGUCUGACCUUCCGCUAAUCGAUCUCAGCCGUCUAAGCCUGUCCGAUGGAGAGAAGGAAGCGUGUAAGCGGCAGAUAGUAGACGCUUCAGCCGAGUGGGGCUUCUUCCAAGUGAAAAACCACGGUAUCUCGCGAGAGAUUCUGGAGAAGAUCCGACACGAGCAGAAUAAGCUUUUCCUGCAGCCCUUCGAGAAGAAGGCGACGGAGAAGGUGCUGGAUUUCUCGGCGGACUGUUACCGGUGGGGGACGCCGACGGCGACGAGUCUGAGGCAAUUCUCGUGGUCGGAGGCUUUCCACAUACCUUUGGUGAGGACGACGGAUGCGAUGGACGCAGGAGAAUUCAGCGGCCUCAGAUCUACGAUGGAAGAGUUCGCGGCACCUGUUUCAGAUUUAGCACAUAGAUUAGCUGAAAUAUUAGCAGAGAAUUUGGGCCAUAAAUCAAAUUAUUUUAUGGAAAACUGCUCAUCGAGCACGUGUUUUCUUCGGUUAAAUCGUUAUCCAGCAUGUCCGAUUUCAUCAGAUGUGUAUGGAUUGAUGCCGCACACAGACAGCGACUUCAUCACCAUAUUGUAUCAAGAUCAGGUUGGAGGAUUGCAAUUAUUGAAAGAUGGGAGAUGGAUUACUGUCAAGCCUAAUUCAGAGACGCUAAUUGUCAACAUCGGCGACUUAUUUCAGGCAUGGAGCAACGGUGCAUACAAGAGCGUGGAACACCGAGUGAUGACGAACACACAAGCAGAGCGGUACUCCAUAGCGUAUUUCAUGUGCCCUUCCUACGACACCGUAAUAGAGAGUUGCAUACAACCCUCGAUGUACAGAAAGUUUAGCUUUAGAGAGUACAGGCAACAAGUCCAAGAUGAUGUUAGAACUAUAGGCUCUAAAGUGGGUCUUCCCAGGUUUCUCAUUUGAUGCCAUAGAUAUAAUCAAUAUGAGAAAUUAUCUAAUUGGGCCAUCUGUAGGGAACCUUACCAUGCACAUAGUUGUAUUUGGAUGUGUCGGCAAUCCAUAUCAUCAAUCUGGAACGUCUGUUUCACUCAACUUAGCCUUCAUAGCUUGCCUUGAAAAAAUAACACUGAUCAGAUCAUCCGUAUGAAAGCGAUCGGUUGUAGAAGAUGUUGGGGAUUUGUGCUUGUCAAGCAGCGCAGUAAAUUUCAGAUUUAAGACAUCUGUUUGACAACAGAAGAUAGGUCUACCUAUGGAUGUUUUGGAUCAUGGGAUUGCUUUGAUUUUUUUAUAAAUGCAAGUAAGUACAUGGAAAGGUUCCCAUACAAUUUGCCCAUUAGAUAUUUUCUCUAAUUAAUGAUCUUUCAAAAAGAAGAAGAGAAAAUAACAUAGAUUUGUGUAUAUGUGAAAAGUGGUAUAUUGAAAAUAGUGGAUACAAUGAGAGAGAGAGAGAGAGAGAGAGAGAGAGAGAGAGAGAGAGUACCGUAGUUAAUGAGAAAACAAGAGAAAAUGAGUGUAAAGGGAUUGUCAUUGGGAGCAUUUGUAGUGUUAUACAAGCAUUGUAUUAGCUAUUGUGUAUACUGUGUUGGGAGAAGAGAUCAUUUGCUUUU